GAUAAGAGAGCCCAGCCGUAGCUGCAAAUUCAAUGGGACUGCCCAACGACUGACAUGUCACACAAAAGGUGCCUUACGGACUGCUUGUUUGUUUUUCUUAUGCCAACCUGGAGACAAUUACCCACCUGUUCAUCCUUUCCAGUUCUUUGUUACCAUGCUCCAAAAACAACCGAGGCAGUGGUGGCAGCUCGGGGUCAGCCGUGUCACUGUGGCUGCCUUUUUCAUCAGCGUGACUCUGCUCUACUGUCUCUCUACACUACAGGUCACCUUCACUCCACCAGACCUUCCGGUGCCUCACUCCUGUGCUCUCCUACCAGACCGACAAACCAGCCAGUCUGCAACUGCAAAUGGAUCACAGCAAGACAGUAACAUCUGUGUUCCAAAAGUGGACAUCAUGUUUAUGAAGACUCAUAAAACGGCAAGCAGCACCUUCCUCAACAUCCUGUUCCGCUUUGGAGAGAAGCACAAGCUCAAAUUUGCCUUCCCCAGCAGCCGUAAUGACUUCCUCUACCCGUCACCUUUUCAGCACACGUAUGUUGGAGGUUUAAAAUCUGGAAUGUGUUUUAACAUCAUGUGUAACCACAUGCGCUUCAACGCACCUGAGGUGGCCAAAGUGUUGCCCAGAGACACUUUGUACAUCACGAUCUUGAGAGAUCCCGCAAAGCUCUUUGAGUCGUCUUUCCAUUACUUUGGUCAUAUUGUUCCUCUGACCUGGAGGAUACCAGGUGAAGAUAAGGUGGCCGAGUUCCUGCGUGAUCCCAGCCUCUACUUCAACCCAGAUGGAUUUAACUCCUUCUACCUGAAAAACCUGCUCUUCUUUGACUUUGGACAGGACAACACCUUGAACCCAGAUGACCCUCGUGUAGAGGAGAGCAUCAGGCUCAUCGCUGAGCGUUUUAACUUGGUCAUGCUAUUGGAGCACUUUGAGGAAUCACUCAUCCUGCUCAAGGACAUGCUCUGCUGGGAGAUGAAUGACCUCCUCUUCUUCAAGCUCAACUCCCGUCAGGAAACUUCUGUGUCUAAACUGACCCCAGAACUGAGAGCAAAGGCCUUGCAGUGGAACGGCAUUGACUGGAAGCUAUACAAACAGUUCAACCUGACCUUCUGGGAGAAAGUGGAGGCCUAUGGAAGAGAGCGAAUGGCAAAGGAUGUCACAGAGCUCAGGAGGAGGAAUGCAGAAAUGGUGAAAAUCUGCAUUGAGGGGGGUCACACUGUCGCGGCUGUAAAUAUUCAUGAGCAGGCCAUGCAGCCAUGGCAGCCCUUCGGAGAAAGGUCCAUCGUGGGAUACAACUUAAAUAAAAAUAUAGACAAAGCAUAUCAGGUGCUGUGCCGAAAGAUGUUGACCCCAGAAAUUCAAUAUCUGUCAGAUUUGGGCGUUAGCCUGUGGCUCACUAAACUGUGGGGACUUUUGAGGAAUAUCAUUAAGUGGUGACGAAUGAGCCGUUGAGGAGACGACCGACAAUUGAAUAUGUUUAAGACAUUUUCAGAAUUCCACAACCGUAUGUACUUUUAAUGUGAUGUAUUUGUUCCAUCGCAACAUGAACCAUCUGGCUGAGAUUAUCACCGUGAACAGAACAUGACACUAGAACCAGCUAAUAUCACCCAGUAGCACAGACACAGCUAUACUAGUUUUAAACCUACUUCUGUCCAACAGAGACGAUCGUGUGUGUGUGUGUGUGUGUGUGUGUGUGUGUUUUUUGUGUGUGUGUGUGUGUGUGUGUGUGUGUGUGUGUGUGUGUGUUUUAUUACAAUGUAACAUAUUCAUCAAAAACAUUUGAACCAGUAAAAAGCUUACUCCGUACGGUGUUGGUAAAAAACUUUGUGUUGAUAAAUUGAAAAUAAAUGGUUUUCAUUUUCACUUA